AUGGAAAAGUACAAGAUGCCCACUGUUCAACAAUUUCUUACUAAAAAGACGAUUGGAGAUAAAAAGGAACCAGUGUGGAUUUACUUGGAGAGAGAAAUGAAGGAAAAUGUACACAAGAAACCCUACAAUGAAAAAGUGGGUACAUGGUUGAAGUUUUUGAAGGAACUAAAACACUAUCAAAAUCGGGAAGGUAAAAAGAAGCUUACAAGAUUGAAAUCUGAGGUGGGACCUACUUGGUACUGUGAAUUAUCAAAUGUACAGAAGCAAGUUUUGAACGAUUUAAAAGCAAACAUUCAUCAAGACUUGAUAGAAGAUAUUCCAAUACGGACAAGAAAGUCAUUAUCAGAUCUAGGAGUGACUUUAAAAAUACCAAAAACGUUGUUGAUGAAAGCAAUGAAAGAUUCUAUAGAAGACCCUGGAAUUUUUAUUUGGAAUCUUUAUACUUCUUUUUAUAAAAAGCCACCUAGCUAUUUACGACCAGAGUAUGAUAUGAAUGCAAUGAUUUUAAUGUCCAGCUUGGUAUUUAUUGAUUUGAACGAAUGUAUAGAAGAACUAGAAAAGUUAACACAAACAAAAAAAGAAAUGGAGCCGGUAGAACCGGAAAAGAAAAAGAAAAAUUUUAAACCCAACGUAAAAUAUGGUGAUUAUCUUCAAAAGAAUUAUGUCCCACCUUAUAAUAAAUAUUCGACAGAGGCGAAAAAGUUAGUAAAUAAACCUUUGCCACUUGGAAACAAAGUUAGGUUACGAAGCGAAACUAGCUAUGAAAAACUUUGCGAGGAUAAACAAUUUCUCGAAAAGCGAAAAGAGAGAAACAAAAAAGAGAAACCGGAAGAACGUAUCUGUACUUAUAAAUUUUGGGAGCCACCGUGUACCUUACGAAACAGCGACCCGAAAUUAGUCGCGUAUCUAAAUAAAUUAAAAAUGUUAAAAAAGAAAGCCAAACCUAAAUACAGAUCGCCGUACAACAAUGUUCAGUACCAAGUGUCUGGAGUUGUGUUUUCAAAAGGGAAACCUCACUAUAUUUUAAAUAACGUUUCUUUGUUACCAACUGGAUUUAUACCUAUUAAUGGGGGAAUUGUGAAAUACGGCAACGAAAAUUUUACUAACAUACAUGGCUAUUGGAAAUUUCCUAAAGAUGUAAAAGAACAAUGCAGUGAUAUGUGUGAUUGUCUAGCUAAAUGGGAUGACCGUGUGAUGGAAUAUAUUAAACAGUCAAAAUGCAAGUGCGGUCACUAUUACGAUUAUUAUUUAGACGGCAAAUUAUUAGAAAAGUAUUUCUAUCAGUCUUCGAAACACGGCCCAUUUUGGUUAGACUACGCUAAAAUAUAUCAAAUGGAUCCCAUGGAGGACUUCAUUAAGGAUGAGUUUAAGGAAGCCCUUAUGUCUACAGAUCAUUCGCCUCAAGCCUCAGUUCGUACGAUAUUGCCAUCAGGACUCAAUGAAAAGGAAUUGUUAUCGGCAUUUUUAGCGGAAUUGUCUGACACACCACUUCUUAUACCGCACCUACCACAAGCUAAUUUGUUAAAUAAUCUUCAAGAAUGGACUAGGAAGCGAGUGAAGGGCAAAAUGCCGCCAUCUAGUCAUAGACAAUUGUUACUACAAUCACAACGCAGAUGGCUUGAUUUAAAACAUAUUGAUUUUCGUGCACGUGCCUACAGAAUACCAUUUACAACAACAGAAUUAAAUAACAUGAAUUGGUCUCAUCGACGUUUAGUUCAGAAACUGUUUGAUGUAAUGCUAAAUGAUUUUGUUACAAGAAAUCGAUUAAAGCAACUUGAGCAAACGAGACUUUGGUGGUCUACUACAAAACAUGAUGCUUAUCCUAGUAAAGCGUUUUUAGAUAUAUUUUUUACUUAUAUGCCUGGGCGAAUGAAAGAUACCUUCCUUAUAAAUCCAUAUAGCUCCGAAGUUACAAAAAAACAUGGAGCAAAGACAUGUCCACUUUAA